AUGACUUAUGAAACAAAACGUCAUGAGGUGCAUCGCAGAAAACCAGGGCGCUUCUGGUACUAUUCUGCGAUAACGGGUUUCGUAUUGACAUUCCUUUUAUUGUGUUACUUGGACGAAGCAAAACCAAUUCUUGACCCAGUAGAACAUAUUCUUAAUCUGUUAGAGCAAAACUACGCCGAACAGUGGUCUAAGAAGUACACUGCAGAAACACAUUUGGCUGGGACAAAUUACGGCCUAGUGGAAUGGACCAGAGACAAGUUUGAAGAGUAUGGAUGGAAGACAACCAUCGAUACAUAUGAUGUUUAUAUGAGUCACCCGGAGAGUAACUCUUUGAAUUUGCUCGAUUCUGAUGGCCAGGUGGUUUAUAGUGCUUCUUUAAAAGAGGACGAGAUUUCCGAGGAUCCAUCUACAAGGGGGAAUGAUACAGUGCCCACGUUCUUGUCAUACGCUGCCAACGGAAAUGUCACUGCCCAGUAUGUCUAUGCGAACUACGGAAGAAUGGAGGAUUUUGCGCUCUUAAAAAAGUUGGGCGUUGAUGUCAAUGACAAAAUUGUCAUAGUAAGGUACGGAAAAAUAUUUCGAGGCUUGAACGUAAAAUUCGCUCAAGAUGAAGGUGCCGUAGGUGUGCUCAUAUAUUCCGACCCCGGAGAUGAUCUCGGAUUAACUCCAGCGAACGGGUAUAAACAAUACCCACACGGACCUGCCAGACAAGAUUCGUCUAUCCAGCGAGGCAGUGUGCAAUUUUUGGGCGGAGUUGGAGCAGCUCCAGGCGAUCCGACGACACCCGGUUAUGCCUCAAAAGGUGAUGUUCCUCGAGUCGACCCUCAUGCUAGCAUCGGUAAGAUUCCGGUCCUUCCAAUUUCUUACCGAGAAGUUACUCCCAUCUUGGAAAAAUUGAAUGAUAAAGGUCCCAUGGGUCCCAGGGAUUGGAUGGGAGAACUCGUGGGCUUCAAUUAUAAUAUAGGUCCCAGUGAUGGUAACCUUUUGAAUAUGUAUUCCAACCAGACCUUCAAUAUUACUCCGAUCUGGAAUGUCUACGCCGAGAUUGAGGGAAAAAGAAAAGAUGAAGUCAUAAUAAUUGGAAAUCAUCGUGACGCAUGGAUCAAAGGUGGCGCGGGCGACCCCAAUUCUGGUUCAGCAGCCUUGAUCGAGGUCGCAAGAGCCUUGGGAGACUUGAAAAAAGCCGGGUAUCAAUUUAAAAGAACGAUAAUUUUGCAAAGCUUUGACGGCGAGGAGUACGGUCUUCUUGGCUCAACAGAAUUUGGCGAGUACCAAGCCCAAGAUUUAAAGAGAAAAGUCAUAGCAUACUUUAAUAUGGACGCUGCUGUCGAGGGCAGGCAUUUAAGACUUGGUGCCUCACCAAUCCUCAAUAGAUUAUUGAGAAAGGUGGCUUCUUGGGUUCCUUACCCUGAUGGUCGCGGAUUAUCCUUGUAUGAUCAUUUUCUCGAGGAAUCAGGGGACAGAAUAAGCAAUCUAGGUUCAGGCUCUGAUUAUACCGUGUUCUUGGAGCAUUUGGGUAUUCCAUCAGCAGACAUUGGGUUUCGACCUGGCCGUGGUGAUGGUAUUUAUCAUUAUCACUCGAAUUACGACUCUUUCUGGUGGAUGUCAAACUUUGGCGACAAGGGCUUUGUUUUUCAUAAUGCAGCAGCCAAGUACUUAUCUCUAUUGGCUUUGGAACUAAGUCGGAAGAAAUUGUUGGAUUUUUCAGUUGAAGAUUACACUUGUGCCCUUGUAUCGUAUUUUAGCCAGAUAGAGGCGAAGAUCCCACAUGAAUGGCUACAAUUGCCUAUUUCUCAUCAUACUGCGAGAAAACUUCGCAAAUCUAAAGACAAGAAUGAUCGGUUCGUUCUGGACGCAUCGCAAUCGGUGUUUGGAUCCUACCAAUUUCGCAAGGAGUCUUUAGACCACAGAAGCAAGCACCAUAAACACCAAGUACAACAUAAACACCGACACACACCAACAUUGGGGAAAAUAUUGGACAAAACCAGACAUUCGUUGCAAGAAUUGAGCUCUAGAGCAGCUUUAUUCGACGACGAAACUACACUCUUGCAAGAACAAUACGACAAAAGAAAGCAAUUGCACGUAUUUGACAGAAUCUGGCUACUGAUAAAAAUUGCGAACAGAAACUUGGUUCUCAAAUACUUUGAAAGAAACUUUUUGUACCACAGGGGACUUCAUAAGCGCCCGUGGUUUAAGCAUAUCGUUUUUGCCUCGGGCCGAUACACCGGGUAUGCUGGUCAAACCUGGCCGGGGAUCGGAGAAGCAGUUGAAGAUGGCGACAUCAAGCGGACCGUAAAAUGGCUUGAUAUUGCCAAGCAUGCUGCUAAGAGAGCUCACUUUGCGUUGGACUAUUAUGGCUGA